UGUAAACCGGAAACGGGUUUACAACGCAGCACCAGAGCGGUCUGUCUGUCUGUCCAGAGAUGAGCGCACACCGGUGCCGGUUGCAAGCGUGCAGUCAUCAGCAGGAAGGAAACGGACUACACCGUUUAUCACCGUUUGUAAAACUCUGCCUCUGCAAUGUUUAAAAAGCGGAUUAAUCCUCAAACUGUGUGACUGAUUUAGACCGUGAAGAUGUUGACAGACAUGAUUGUGGAGCAAGAAUUUGAGAUUAAGGAGGAGGAACCGUGGUACGACAAGCAAGACCUUGAACAUGACCUGCAGCUGGCAGCCGAGCUCGGGAAGAGUCUCCUGGAACGAAACAGGGAGCUGGAACAAGGGCUGCAGCAGAUGUACUCCACCAACCAGGAGCAACUGCAGGAGAUCGAGUACCUGACCAAGCAGGUGGACCUCCUCCGUCAGGUCAACGAUCAGCAUGCCAAAGUGUACGAGCAGCUGGACGUGUCAUCCCGAGAGCUGGAGCACAGCAACCACAAACUGGUUCAGGACAACAGGACAGCUCAGCAGAAGAUCCAGGGGCUGGCAGAGACGGUGGAGCAGCUGCAGACGCAGGUGGAGGAGCUGCAGCAUCAGGUGGAAAAGCUGAAGCUGAGUCCUGCUCAGCCUCUGAAGCGUCCGCUCAGGGAGAAGUGUUUGCCCCGCAGCACUCAGAGUGUGUCCUGCCUGAAAGAGCUGCAAAACACACUCAGGUACGACUACGACGAACCCUCAGAUGGCCUCGAGUCCCCCGACAUGUCGUGGCACGAGGAGGAGCAGGCGUCACUACGGCAAUCCCUGCGCAGCCUCCAGACUCAGUUCGCGGGUGAGCGUGCUCGGAGGGAGCAGUCGGAGCGCGAGGCCGAGCUGCUGGCCGGUGAGAAUGCAGCGCUGGAGCAUCAGCUGGCAGGGAUGGAGGGCUGUAAGGCCAGAGUGGCUGAGCUGGAGCGUGAGGCGGAGGAGCUUCGUCAGCUCUGGAAAUCGGAUUCCUCCACGAGAUCCAGCCGCCCGGACAACAUCCACAGCCUGCUGCCCAACUCUAUGUUCCUCAACCCGGAGGAGGAGAGUGAGGACGGUGCAGCUGCAUCCAAGAGCCCCUGGGCGCUGAAGUCCUGGGACAGUGAGCGGCUGGUGAGGACGGCGCAGACACCCAACAGGGUGUACGACCACGAGUGUUCCUGCGUGCGCCGAGCCGAGGUGGUGAAGUACCGCGGCAUCUCGCUACUAAACGAGGUGGACGCCCAGUACAGUGCCUUGCAGGUGAAGUAUGACGAGCUGCUGCGACGCUGCCCCCUGGGGCAGCAGGAACGGCAGCAGGAGCAGCAGCAGCAGCAGGAGCUGGAGGAGGAGGAGAUGGAAGAGGAGGAUGGGCAGACGAAUAAGUCCAUCCAGACUGCAUGCCUUGCUGCUGCUUGUCCCACUCUUACAGACUUUGAAGAUGACUUUAACCAGCCGGAGUACAAGGAACUUUUUAGGGAAAUUUUCUCUCGCAUUCAAAAAACCAAAGAGGACCUGGUUGAGAACAGAGGGAGAGCCUCGGUGGGUGAGGUGCUGCCUAAUUUGCAUAAGUAGCUCUUACUAUUAAAAAGAUCUGCUGCAAGAUUAAAUUAUUGUCUUCCAGAUGUACACUCCUAGAAUAGCAAAUGUAUGUUUUUUGCCCAGAAAUGGCAGUUGCCAUGCAAAGCGGGUUAAGAUGAGAGUGAUGCAGGAACAGGAAGGCCAAACGUCACCAGCUCUGUGGCUCAUUCAGCACAGAAACACCAGUGCCUGCUUCACGCUGCCUGCCGUCUCCACUGUGCACUCACUCUACCUCACUUUGCAAAAACAAGCUCCUGAGGAAAUCAUUUCUGGGUCUUAUUUUCAUGAACUGUUUCGGUGACAUGUUAUUCUACAGGGUCCCAUAAUUUCUUACAGUUUGCCAGAAAGAUGUAAAAUCACAUAAAGGUUCCUGGAAAAGACUUAAGAUGUUAUUGAGAAGCUAAUUAUGGAGAAAUUGACAGGUUGAAAUAAAUCAAACAAAUAGGUAUCUGGGAAAUAAAGUUCAGUAAAUGUCUUUCUUUCAAUUCCUGUUAAGAUAUCAAAGGGCUUUAGGGCUGCAAAUAAAAACAUUUUCAAUAACUGAUUAAUUUGUAGUCUUUUUAAGUUAAUCGUUUAUUAUACUAUAGCCCAUAAUAAGUUCCAAAAGAACAAUGAGGUCAACAAACGACUUAUGUCUAAGCAACAGUCCAAAGAACCAAACAUACAUUUAAUUAUCUCGAUAGGAGUAGAAAACCAUCAGGUAUUAACCUUUGAAGAGCUGGAAUCAGUCUGUGAAAGUUUGUCGCUUAAAGAAAAAUAACCGAUGCUCUAAAUUGUUUUUGAUUUAUUUUGUUUUGAUGAGCUAAUUAAACCAGUUGUUUCAUCUCUAAAUGCUAGUUCGUAUUUUAGUCAUUGAAAUCUGUGAAUUCUAUUGUUUAUUAUUUUACACAUAUUUCGCAAAAUAGUGAAGUUAUGAUGCGGACCACUUGAUGGAGCCUGAAUUUCACUAUAAAGCUCCGUACGCUCAUCAGUACAAGUGCCACGUUGGCCCUGUUCAGACCCAGCGUUAACAUGUCACAUAGUUUUUACCUUAAGGUUUGAUACAUUAUAAUACAAAUAUAAAUUAAAACUCAAUUUUAAUUAUAAACUCAGUUGAACUUGUAUAUUUCCCAUAACUCUCCCAGUGAUUAGUCCCAAAUUAAACAGCUCUUUUCCAGGAACCCCCUUAAAAACGAUCAUAUAGAUGACAGAUCCAUAGAUUAAAAUGUUAUUGCUGUAUCUGCUGUUUGAUUUGUUUCCUGUUAUCAAAUGUCAACUUUUUUUAUUUUAUUUUUCUUUACAACAACAAAAGAGAGAAAAUAAAGGUACCUUUCUUGGUGAUAGUUUUGCCAUAAGAGUGACCAGAGAUGUUGAUUUGAUGAAGGAGUUUAUUCUAUUAGAAGUUGGUGAUUCAUUUUUAAUGUAACAUUCAUUUCUUAAAAUGAUACUUGGUUAUUAUUGUACAAUAGGUUGAGAGACUGUGAUUGAAUGUAUUAUUAAAGGGAAGUUCUGAGGUUUACCAAAAGACUAACUCGAUGUACUUGACAAUGUAACGGCCUCCUAGUAUGUUGAAUAUCACAAAAACCUGUUUUGAUUUAGAGACUUUUCUCAGCUGCACUGUUUUGCUUUUUUCCUUAUUAAGAUCAAGACUCACACUUUGUAUACUGUAAAAUCACAUUGAGAUGCACUUUAGAAAAUGCACAUCAUUAUUGUUGUUCUGUCACUUUACAUGUCUGUGAAAUGUAGUUAUAAACAAGCGUGCUGAAUAUUCUGCAGUAUGUACGAUGUGUUUUUACCUGUUUCAUGAGUGGCCCUCGUGGUUUAUGCCUGAGCUAUAAAACAUGAAGCAAGCACCA